GAGAAGUCAGGUGACUCGCUUUGCAUAGGAAGGGGGGGUCUUGCUCAGAUCAGGGGAAGAUGAGGUUUCGAUUCUGUGGGGAUUUGGACUGUCCUGACUGGGUCUUGGCAGAAAUUAGCACUUUGGCUAAAAUAUCUUCGGUGAAACUCAAGCUGAUCUGUGCCCAGGUUUUGAAGGAUGUGCUUGGAGAGGGCAUUGAUUAUGACAAAAUCCUGAAGUUAACAUCAGAUGCCAAGUUUGAAUCAGGAGAUGUGAAAGCCACUGUCGCUGUGCUUGCCUUCAUUCUCUCGAGUGCCGCCAAAUACAACGUGGACUCCGAGUCUCUCUCCAGCGAACUUCAACAGCUGGGGCUGCCCAAAGAACAUGCCGCAGGAUUGUGUCGGUCCUACGAGGAGAAACAGAGCUCUCUCCAGGACAGCCUGAGGAAGGGCAGCCUGAGAUUGAAUUGCCUGGAUUCUGUUUCGUGGAGAGUGGAUUAUACGCUUAGUUCCAGCGAGCUCCGGCAAGUCAACGAGCCAGUCGUUCAUCUCAAGCUGAAUGUGAAAAAUGUUGAUGAAAAGGUGACAGAGCCUGUAACAAUGACGUUGUCGGCCGAAAAGUUUCGCGUCUUACUUGCUGAACUGAAACAGGCUCAAGCCAUCAUGAAAACACUCGAGUAAGGAGCUCCGGAUGCUGUCUGGACCAGUCAGAAGAAGGAAGCUUUAUUUUGACCACAAGCCAAAAUGUCUCCACUGGAUAGUAAUCUCCCAGGCCUAUGAGAUACAAGCAAAGCAGCCAGAUGGAGUUAAUGUCUAUUUCCCAGUAGGCCAGACCAGCAAAACCAGUGAGGAGCUCUGGGGCGUGGUAAUAUAGGGACAUAUCUCGGUCACAAACGUUCAACCCCUGCCUUAAGAGAAGUCUAUCUGUUUCUAUGAGUGUGUUAUUUUUUUUUCAUUUGAACAUCAGUUGUUAAGGGAAACGUAACACAGUUUUUGCUCUUACGGCACUGUCUCAAAAAUAUGAAAAAGCUCCCUUGUUUGUUUUUAUUUCCCUGUAUUUUGUUGAACGGCAGAAAAUUAAAUCCCACCAAUGUGGCAAUAAGCUAUCUUUGUCCGGUCUGUGUAUUGGGCAAGGCUGGUGGCCUCAUUGCUUUGGGCUGGAAAUGAAAUAAAAAACGGUUCGAUGUA